AUGAGGUGGGGUGCAAGAUGGUACCAGGCACCAAUGUUUGAGUCGGCCAAUAACGAAUGGAGCGCACAAUCGAUGCCGCGUAACAUGGAAGUAGAGGCUGCGCUUUGGGCACUUCAACCUACUGGCCUUGAAUCUAAAACUUUCAAGCUUGGCCUUGUACAGUUUCCGAGCGAGGAACAGGGCGAACAUGAAGAGGGCGAGGGCGUUGACGACGGCAUGGAAGAUAUUGAGUGGAGCGACGACGAAUAA